CACAUGGCAACAAGUGCAGUGAAGAUGAAGUGUGUUGUGUGGGCGGAGUCAGUGGGAAUAAGUCCGGCCUCCUGUCUGUCAGCUGCAGGAUAAAAACCUCCCUGCUGGGGGGGUUUAUCUGACAGUCUCAGCUCCAGGCUACACACACACACACACAACACAUACACACACACCUUCAUCUUCAUCUCCGCUUUAAAUCAGGGAGAGUUUUCAGCAUGUGGGCUGCAGAGAGUCUGCCCGAGGUCUUCCCCAACAGCUCGGAGAAAAACACCACCGGAGCCAAGGACUGGACCGAGGUGUAUGAAGCCGUCAGGUGGAUCCAGCUCGCCAUGGCUCUGCUCAGUGUUCUGGGUUCAGGCUCCAUCAUCGUCUGUGUGAUGUCACAGAGACUCGGCCGGACGCCAGAGCUGCAGCCGCUGCUGCUGCUCAGCGUGUCUGACCUGCUGCUCGCCUUCUGCUGGCUCAUCGGAGGGGCGCUCUUCUCUCAGCGCUGCACACACUGUUACAACCUGCACACUGUGGAGCAGAUUCUGUACAUGGCGUCCUUCUUCUUCACCCUGAACUACAUGUGGAACCUCUACACGGGAAUCCGAGAGAAGUACUACAGCUGCAUGGAUGGAUACGUGCAGAUUUCCAACAGAGUGAGCACCGCCGGCAAAAUCACCGCGCUGCUCUCAGGUCUGAUUCCUGUGAUGCUGAUGACGCCCGUGUUUAUACAAGGAAACAUCAGCCAAUGUCAGGCCAACUUCAGCGAGCCCUACAGGUGUCUGCUGAUGCACACCGGAGAGCUGUAUCUUACCUCGAAGCACCAGCACCUAAUCAGAGCCUGCGGCGUGCUGCACACCUACAGCAUCGCCGUCUUCCUCGCCACCUUCCUGCUCACGCUGCUCAGCAUCAUAGUGCUCGUGGUUAAAGCCCGUGAGAUUUACAGGCGAGUCGUGACGUCGACCGGUUACCUGGGCAACGAGCAGCGGGCCUCCUUCCGUGUGAUGGACCGGCGGAUGCUCCUGUACCCGCUGAUCUUCUUCUGCUGUUGGGGUCCAGCUGUGGCGCUGGCAUUUCUGCGGGUGGCGACACCCUCCGCAGGUCACGGCUGGGCAGGGGUCGUCCUCUACAUAUCUCAGGCUUGCACCUCGGCCUCUCAGGGUUUCCUCAACUGUCUGGUGUACGGAUGGACCCGUGCACGUCUCCGGCGAGCCGGCAGGAAUGUUUUAUCUCGAGACAUGGACACUCAGACGCCUCUGCUGAGAUCCCAGAAGAUCAUACGCUACCAAGCACUGCGCUCCUUCUGAAAAAGACAGAUGAGGAGUGGCACGCUGGAACUGAAAGUGAAACUGAGCAGGUGCUUCUACUGUCAUCUGCAGCAAAAGACUCGAGAGGAAAAGUCUCAAAUUUCACUUUCCGUGAGGGGGAAACCCCGCGGCUGAGUGUCUGCUGAGGACCAACACUUCCACCUCUGAUCCUGAACCGCCGAGGCAAGAAAGAGAGAAGCAGAAACAGCCAGGGGGGAGUUUACGCUGAGAGAAACAGCGAUAACGAAAACAGGAUUUGAAAGAGACGUUCGUGCAUUGACUCUGAACUGACAUAACCUCACAUGUGGUUGGUUUUAACGUUAUUAUAUGGGUCAAAUCUGUCUAUAAGUGUAGAUAUACAUGUGAAAUAUUAUUGUUACCAAUGAGUGUCAACAUGAUCAUAAUAGGAGGUUUAAAAAUGUAAACCUGUCGACUAAUUUUUACUUCUUUCGUCUGUAAACCAACAGAACAAAAACAUAUUCAAAUAUAAUAAGUUUUAGCCUGUAAACAAACAUAUUCAGUCAUUUUUUACAGUUCACAUGCAUCAGAGAAAGAAGAUUGAAAGCCCCUUUAAUCUUUUCAUAUCCACAUUAAGAUGAAAAGUGCUUUGAAUACAUGAAUAUAUGUGGCAAAACA